AUGGCUGAAGGGGCGAAUAAGGAAGUGGUGAGGGAGGUAGGGAUAGAAUUGUGGGGGGAAGACGUAGAAGCGAGGUUAGAACGAGUAGGUCAGAAGUGGAGCAAGAGAGGGGGGGUGAGGAGGAGACGGGUGCUAGAGGCAUCAGGGGACGCGUCAGGAGUGGCGUGUGGGGAGGGUGGGGAGACAGGCACAGGGGGAACUGCGAGGGGCGAGAGGAGGGUGAUAGAGGCGUGGAGGCCUGUGAAGGGGCGGUACCUUCUCGCGCUCUGCAUGUAUGGCCGCCUCUCCAACCAGGAAGCGUGCAUGCACAUGUAUCUGGCUCUGGCAGCCCUAUUGAACCGCACGCUCAUCAUCCCACGGCACGGCUUCGCCAUCUCAGUGGUGGCGGAGUAUCUCUGGCAGUGGGGCGUCAUUGUCAACGUGCCCCACAUGCGCUCCUGCCUCAUGCCCCACUACCCCUCACCCCUUCCUGCUGCUUCUGCUGCUUCUGCUGCUGCUACUGGUGGUGGUGGCAUGUCCGGCAAUGGAAGUGGCAAUGAUGCAAGUAGCAGCAGCGGCAGUGGCAGCAGCAGCAGCAGCAGUGGUAGUCGCGAGUGGAGCUGGCAGGCAGCCAAUGGGGAGGUGCCGAGUGUGAUCAGCCAGGACGAGUACGAGGCACUGGAGGGGCGCAACCUCACUGUGGACCGAAUUGCAUGCGUUGUGCCGCACACGUGCCUGAGCCACCCGCAGAUGGUGUUCAAGGCCCUGCCAGACAUCAAUUUCGCCUCGCACCUGGAGUACCCCCCCUUGCACUCCCACCACCUCGACGAGCUCCUGCACGUGCUCUCCAGCACCGAAGCCACCACAGGCCAGGUGGCUUCUGAGUCGACGCAAGAGGCACAGCAGCAGGGCCCGCAGGAGCCAGCAGCCGCGUCCGCCCUGGGCUCUUCCACUUCACACCCAACUACCAGUGUUCUCCAACCACCUGGCAUGGCUGGGAACCACAGCAGCAACGCCACACUCUCACCUUCCCCCUCAUCCUUCUCCUCCUCCUCCUCCUCUCCCUCCCCUCCCUCCUCCUCGCCUUCUUCGUCCUCCACUGCUCCCCCCUACGCCACAACGCCAGUGCUCUCUCUAGGCGAUCUCAACGGGCUAUCCCUCGCCGGUCUGCCCUUUGACAUGUACUCCCCACACCCGCCCUUCCGCCUCUCCUGCACUGACCUCUGGCUGCCCCCUCCUCCAGUCGAGGGCUUUGUGACCGGAUUCAUUGACACCUUCCUAGGAGGGGACUAUGCUGCCGUGCACCUGAGGAGGUCCGACUUCUCGCGGGUGUACCACCGCACGCACCAGGCCAAGAGCCAUCCCGCCUUCCUGCCCAUCGUGGCAGUGGGGCGCUUCAUCAUGAGGCGCCUGGCCAAUCGCAGCGUGACAGCUGUCUACCUCGCCACCGACGCCAGCCAGUACGAGGUGGAGCUGCUGGAGAGGCUUCUUAUGGGCAUGGCGCCCGGCAGUCCACUCGUUGUGGUGCGCCUGCCGGCCUUUGGCGCCACUUCUGAUGAAUACCAGCGAUUCCCGUGGGUCAAGACAUUUCACGAAGCCGAGAGGGACAUGGAGGGUGGGACAAACACCAACGGCAUCGCAAGAGCGCUUGCAGAGAAGCACAUAUGCGCACGGGCGAAGCAUUUCAUCGGGACUCCUUACUCGUCCUAUUCCAAAGACAUUUUUCGCAUGCGAGAGGUGCAGGGCUUGGCGUCUUGCGCUGAUGCUUAUAUUGAAGCAAUUUAG